AUGAAAUAUCUAGAAUACUUGAAUCUCGCUCUCAACAAUAUUGAGUUGAUAGAGAAUUUGGAGGGAUGUGAAUCUCUGCAGAAACUUGAUUUGACUCUGAACUUCAUCGGGGACUUGCAAUCUGUGGAGCGGCUGAAAGCAAAUAGUCAUCUGGAAGAGUUGUACUUGUCAGGCAACCCAUGCACGGACUAUGAGGGGUACAGAGAGUAUGUUAUUGCCACACUUCCUCAGCUAAAGAGCCUGGAUGGAGUGGAUAUACAGCGCUCUGACCCUCAAUUACAGAAAACAAAGAGAGAGAAACAAAAGCAAGCUGCUGCACAGAAAAUUCAUAAUGCGCCUACAUCAUCAACUGGAGAAGAUGAUUCUAGCUACUGGAGUGAAGUCAGCUACCACACACCCGAGACCAGGAUAGAACUGGCCAAUCGGUCUAGGCGAAGUAAAGGCAAAGGUUGUGAGGAGGAGAAAAAACCAACUAAACGGCAAGUUAUCCUGUUCAAAGAAGACGGCAGACCCAACAAUGUCAACGAAGCCAAAAUUCCCUUCUCUUUUGAAGAAGAUGAUGAGAGAAAUUGUUUCGUCCUGACUCUUGGAAUUUACAAACACUUGGACUCUGCCCUGUUGGAUGUUGAUGUACAGCCAACCUAUGUGACCGUGAGGAUCAAAGGGAAGGUGUUCCAGAUUACACUGAGCGAGGAGGUUGUCACCACCCAGUCCUCUGCCCAGAGGUCCCAGACUACUGGUCACCUAGUCGUCACAAUGCCGAAGGUGAAAGGUGAAGUGAAAGUGAAACUACCACAGUCACACUUUCUUUAUGACAAAGAUGAAAAAGUUUCGAAAAAUGCUGUAUCCAAAAGACAAUACCUGGAAAUAGGAAGAGAGGAAUACGAAAUGGACUUUAGCAGAAUUGUGGAGAACAAUCGGUCAAAGCACACAAAUGUGGAAAAGAAACAGCCAGUGAGAGAGAAAAAACCGCCAGAAGAUUUCCAGGAUGAUCCAACAGUACCUCCACUGGAAUGAGACAUCUAAACAUUCAAUUCUAUGUAAAAUGAACAUUGUUUAGUCUGUUUCCAUCAUUACAAUUACACUGAAUCACGUCUCUGGCCAUA